AUGCCAUCCAACGGCUCUGCCACCGUCACUAAGACGUCCAAAAACAAAUCCCCUCCCCCGGCCAAACAAGACGCCAAUCCCAAGCAUGACUUCUUCUGGACCUAUACCGAGGAGCCGCAUCGGACUCGUCGACUGGCCAUCAUCAAGGCUCAUCCAGAGAUUACAAAACUAUGUGGCCCUGAGCCUCUGACCAAAUAUGUCGUCCUCGGCGUCGUCACCCUCCAAAUUGUCCUCGCCUGCCUGCUCCAGUCGACGUCCUUUUGGUCCUGGAAGUUCUGGGCAGUCGCGUACGUCUUUGGCGCCACCGCAAACCAGAACCUGUUCCUGGCCAUCCACGAGAUCUCGCACAACCUAGCCUUCAAGAGCGCAAUGGCCAACAGACUGUUCGCCAUCGUGGCCAACUUGCCCAUCGGAAUUCCCUACAGCGCCGCAUUCCGGCCAUACCACCUAACGCACCACAAAUCCCUCGGCGUAGACGGCCUCGACACCGACCUCCCCACCGCCCUCGAAGCCUUCUUCCUCGACUCCAUCCUCGGCAAGGCCUUCUUCUGCACCUUCCAGAUCUUCUUCUACGCCCUGCGGCCCAUGGCCGUCUACCGCAUCCCCUUCACGUGGGUGCACUGCGUCAACCUCGCCGUCCAGCUCGCCUUCGACGCCCUCCUGCUGCGCUACGCGUCCCCCAACGCCCUGCUAUACCUCCUGCUCUCCUCCUUCCUCGCCGGCAGCCUCCACCCCGUGGCCGGCCACUUCAUCGCCGAGCACUACGUCUACGAAACCGUCACCCCCACGCAACGGGACCCCGGCAACAUGGUCCCCGUGCCCGAGACCUUCUCCUACUACGGGCCCCUCAACUGGUUCACCUACAACGUCGGCCUGCACAACGAGCACCACGACUUCCCCGCCAUCCCGUGGACCAGGCUGCCCGCCGUCUACGAGACGGCCAAGGAGUUCUACGAGCCGCUGCCCCGCCACGAGAGCUGGGUCUACGCCAUCUGGAGGUUCAUCUGGGACGAGAACGUCGGCCUCAACUGCCGCGUCAAGCGCAAGGAAGGCGGCCGCUUGGUCGGCGGCGCCGUCAACUGGAAGGAGACUGAGGUGCAGGCCUAA